AUGUACAAGAAACGAAUAUUUGGAACUCCUCCUGAACCUUUGUUCAACAUGAGAGCUUUGGGAAUGUCGGCUGAACUUCUUGAAGAAACCCUUUAUGUUCUUGCAGAAGAAAAUGAGAAAAAUAUGGAUAAUGCUAUGGAACGACAGGGUUUUUUCAGAGGAGGAAAAACUGCUGAAUAUUUUUUUCUUCUUUGUCAAGAACUUUCACUGCCUUCAGAAGCUCGCUAUCUGGCAAUUGAAAUUUUUGACAGAUUCAUGGCCAAACAUAUCAGCGAACUGUACGAGUUCAUUCGUUCUAAUACUGAUGAAAACCAGAAGGCAAAUUGGCGCGAUGUCGAAAAACGCAUUAAAACUCAACUACCACUUCGCAUUGUUUCUUGUACUCAAAUUGCUAGUAAGCUGUUGUCACACUACGAGACAAUCACACCUAACAAAGCUCGAAGAUUUCUCAACUCCAUCGGAAGCCAUUACUCGACGAAAAGCAUUUUGAAGUCAGAACUAAGAAUUCUAAAAACUUUGGACUAUUAUGUUCUCUUUAGCACUCCCCUCGCAUUUUUGGAAACGAUAUUAGAGAUACUUGGUCACAAUGACACAAAAGCCCAAGUGAAAGUUCUACAUGACAUUUCCAUGAAGGUCCUAGACAUAGUGUAUCUGCGGCAUUAUGAGCUUUAUGCUAAGCUUUGCAUGGCUGCCACAGGUGAAAAAUGUACCAAAGAAGACAGGCAAAAACUUGCUGUUCUGGCUAGUGACAACAUGUUAAUGGCUGUCAGUGUGAUUGGCACAGCUUCUUACAUAGUUGAUCAGUCAAUGAGUGAUAUGGUAAUUGAACAGCUGAGCUGUAUCACUCAAAUCCCACAGGAUGACAUUUUGGACUUUGGAACAAUUAUUCUAGAAAUUAUCUUAUGAGUUUCACAUUUUAAUCCCA